AUUGGUUCUGCAGUGCCUCUCACUCAUCAAAAUUCAAAUUUGCGUUUCCAAUCUCUUCCUCCUCUUUCCCCUGCCUUGCUUCAUUGAUGGCCGCCAUGGUGUCAAUUGUGGGGCUCCUGUUGCUCUUCUUAGUUGGCAGUGCAAUUGCUAUCAAUGACAAGAAUGCGGGAUUCACAAAUGGGGAUCUCCAGUCUGAAAAAACCAUGUGGGAUCUUUAUGAGAGAUGGUUGUUUCACUAUGGAAGAAAUUCCAGUAGCAAUGAUAUGGGAGAAAAAGUUCUGAGGUUUGCUAUAUUCAAAGAUAAUUUGAGAUUCAUUGAUGAGAUCAACCAAAGGAAUGGUCCCUACAAGCUUAGGCUCAAUAAGUUUGCUGAUCUUAGCAACCAGGAAUUCAAGGCUGCCUAUGCUAGUUCCAGAUUGAAGAGAAAUGAUGGUGAAAGGAAGCCUUUCUCCUAUGCAAAUGCAAAUGCAGGGGAGCUUCCCAGGUCUGUGGACUGGAGGGAGAAGGGUGCUGUUACACAUGUUAAGGAUCAAGGAACUUGUGGGAGUUGCUGGGCUUUUUCCACUGUUGUAGCUGUGGAAGGCAUCAAUCAAAUAAAGUCAGGGAAGCUGGUUCCCUUGUCUGAGCAGGAACUUGUCGACUGUGAUAAGAAGAAGAACCAGGGUUGCAAUGGAGGUCUCAUGGACUAUGCCUUCCAGUUUAUAAUAGAGAAUGGUGGUAUCAAUACUGAAGGAGAUUAUCCUUACACGGCAGAAGAUGGACAAUGUGACAUAAUAAGGAAGAAUUCUCAUGCUGCAGUGAUCGAUGGGUAUGAAGAUGUGCCUGCAAACAGUGACGAGGCUCUGAUGAAAGCAGUGGCUCACCAGCCAGUGUCAGUGGCCAUUGAAGCAGGAGGUCCCGAGUUUCAAUUUUACUGGAAGGGUGUGUUCAGUGGAGAAUGUGGCACCGACCUGGAUCAUGGAGUGGCAGUAGUUGGAUUUGGGGAGGAGAAAGAUGAAUAUGGAGAUCUUGUCAAGUACUGGAUUGUGAAGAAUUCAUGGGGAGCAGACUGGGGAGAGGAGGGAUACAUCAAAAUGCAGAGGGGAAUUGACAAGGAAGAGGGAUUGUGUGGUAUUAACAUGGAGGCUUCAUAUCCUGUCAAAACCAGCCCUGAUCCUUCUUCAAUUGUCACCAAGACUGAAAGCUUCUCUCUGGGAAGGAAAUCUGGUCCCCAGCAUUCCUCUGUCUGAAAUUCUCUGGGUGGUCUCACCAUUUAGUGCUAUAAACAUUAGUAUAGAUUGCUAGAAAUCCUUAGCUUUAUGUUUCUCUCUUCAAAAUCCAUGGUGGCUAUUGAUAAGCUAACACCUGGGCAGAAAUGUAAUCCCUUGCAUUGUAUAUAUAUAUGCAUUUUUAUUUCUGGGUAA